AUGGUUCUAGUAGCCAUACUUACCGCUUGCGUUAGCCUGGUCAGGAAUAUUUUACAGGCUUUUUUAUACUUUAUUAUUCCACGGCCUGCGAUUACUGAUCCUCAAGCGAAUCGAGUAAGAGACUCGCGAUUAACUGCUCAAUUUAUACAAAAAUUUGAAGAAAAAUAUGGUAACACGCACCCUGAUUUUUUUCAAGGAUCCUAUUCACAGGCUUUGGAUAGAGCAAAAAAUGAUCUUCGUUUUGCCAUGAUAAUACUGCAAGCUGACGAACAUGAUAAUACAAAAAAAUUUAAUCGUGAAACAUUAACUUCCGAUUUAUUGAUAUCAUUUCUUCGAGAAAAUGACUUUUUAGUAUGGGCCGGAAAUAUAAAAGAUCCAGAAGCAUUUCAAGUAAAUAGCAUAUUACAAGCAACAACGUACCCAUUUGUGGCUGUGAUCGUUCUUGCAACACCUCCUGGAAAUACUGGUGCGAGUCCAAGAAUGACUGUGGUUGAUCGUAUUGAAGGAUUAUUGAGUCCCGAAUUACUUAUAGCGCGAUUUACAAUCCUGAUAAGUCGAUACGGUUCUGGACUACAACGAAUUCGUAAUGAGCGUGCUGAACGAGAUGCUGCACGUGAGAUUCGUGAACAACAAGAUAGCGCUUAUCUUGCAUCGUUGCAAGCUGAUCAAGAAAAAGAACGUAAAGCACGUGAAUUAGCUGAAGCAAAGAGAUUGGCUAAUGAACGUGCAAAAAGAGAAGCAGAAGAGCGUAGGUUGUUUUUAGAAAACAAAGAAAAAUGGAAAAGAUGGGCUUUAACCCAAUUACCGAAUGAGCCUAAUCAAAAUGAAACAGAUGUUACAAGUCUAAGUUUUCGACUAUUAAAUGGAGAGAGAGUGGUAAGAAGAUUUAGAGCAGAUGAUACUGUUGAGACGAUUUAUACUUUCGUUGACACAUAUCAUAUGCGAAAGGACACAUCAUCAUCCUCAACUGUCCAUCAACCACCGAAGGAUUAUGUUCAUACUUUUGAUUUCUUGCUCGUUUCUCCAUUUCCACGAACGGUACAUCAUGUGGAUAAAUUCAAGACUAUUAAAAAUGUAAGUGGACUUUGGCCGUCUGCUAACCUCAUUGUCGAAGGUCUAACAAGUGAUGAUGAUGAUGAAUGA